UGUACAUACAUGUUGCUAUUGAUCCUGCAAUUGUAUCUCCAUGGAGAUUGCAGGUGUGUAAAAAUGGAGAUUGAUCCGAAAUUCACGUUUGUGCCUCUAAAGAAAAAAAUCUAUGUCGGGAUUGAUGACAAAAAUACGCAAGAAUAUUUGUGUAAAUGGGGCUUAACAGGAAACUUCGUCAUUCAGAAUUUUUCAUUCAAUGAACCGUUUCAACAAUAUUAUAAAUAUCAACUAGCUGAUGCAUUUUUUAAAGAUGACAUUGUUGCAAAGGCGCUGUUGUCCAAACAAGGAUAUGCAUGGAUAAGACAAGGCAUACAAGCAUCGAGUGUGCAGAUAAAGCAAGUGCCAUGUUCAGUUUUAAGUAUGUCGUUCUUUAAUAAAUUAAGAGAUUCCAAUAACGGGAUUGUGUAUAAUUCCGGAACGAUUUGUAAAAGAUAUGACCUGCAAGUAGAAGACUUUUUGGUGUCUGACAAUCUGCGUGGUAUGCUUUUAGAUGAGGAAUCAAAAGAAUAUGGUCUAUAUUCGGAAGAUGAGAAAAACGAAUUUGUGUUUCGCAUUUUUCAAAUGCUUGUUCUUGGUGGAACAUUAUGUCAAUUUGAGGAUAUAUUACAGCCAUAUCUGGAUGUUACUAAAAGUAUCUAUAAGGAUCUUAUAAGAGUGCAGAAGCAAAAUACUUCAAAUGAUUUGUCCGUGAAUACUUUGGUUUUAGAAGUAAUUGCUAAGGAUAGUAGAGGUCAAGACUACUUCCCAUCUAAUUCUGAAAACCGGCAAAACAUCGCAUUUUUAUUGAUAGAUGCCAAUUGUCAUGAAAUUACGACUUUUAUACAUCAAUAUGGUGGAUAUUGUCCUGCAGAUUGAAUCUGAUUACUUUGUAUGUAUUUUGUUCUCUUAUAUCAUUCUAAUCAAUUGCUUCUAUCAUAUAUAUUUCUUUGAAAAAAUUCAGAAAUCCUUAUAUAAAUAUAUAUAUUCUUGUUUAAAUCUUAUAUAGGUAAAAUAAUUUGUGAUAAAAACAACAAUACUGUAUUUCUUGCGUUUCAUAUAAGAUAAUUUAUUCGAUUACAAAACGAGCUUAAUUAUAUUUAUUUCUGCAUAUUUUUAUAACUUAUAAUUAAAUAUAAUUUUUAUAUUAUACAGAAAGAAUUAUUGAACUAGAAUAUACACUAUUGUUUUAUGUAUGUAAUGUAUGUAAUUAUACACAUAUAAAUUACACAAGUCAUUUAUUCAUGAAAAUUAUAAAAAAUUAUUAAAAAAACUCAUUAAUUAAGUAAAAUUUUAAUUUAUUUUUAUUUUUAAUCCCAAUUGAAAAUUAAAGAAAUUGCAAUGCGAAGCCUUUCCUUGUGUACGUAAUAUUAAUAAUUGUUUACUCUUCAGUUACUUUAAAGAAAUAAUUUUUUGCAAAAUAUAUCGACAAUCGCAGAAAUUAUAUAUAUGAUUAUAUUACAUACAAUUUAGAAAUAGAUAAAUAUAUAAGUGUAUAACGCUUGUGAGAUUUAUAUGUAAAGAUUAUGUGUCAAUCUGUUUUAUUUAGAGAUAUUUAAAUGUAGGUACAGUAGAACAAAAACAUUUGAACGCUCUAUAAAGUAUCUAUUUUUAAAAGCUUUUUGUUUUUGUGGUAAUUUGAACCAUGAAUUUGAAUCAUGAGUAUUAGCCCGUUCUUUACGACUUAGAUGUGACUAGUAUACAAUAUUAGGUUGUAUUUUAUCAUACAGAUGUAUAAUUCCUAAAUCUGUAUCUUGCUUAUAUUACGAGCCUUUUUGCUUAUAAUAUAAGUAGAAUCUUCUUCUCAAUUUUCUUAUUAUUAUCCAUACAAAUAAUUGCG